AAAAACAAAAACAAAAAAAGAGUGGAAAAGUAAAGAAAUAGAGGGCGAAGAAAAGGAAAGCGUCUGCAAAUCCCCAAGUGGAAUAGAUUGUCAACAGUAAAGGUCGUUGUUUGUUCCUCCUCUCCUUCACUGAGAAGAUGAACGGCGGCCCAUCGGGUUUCCACAAUGCUCCUGUUACCAGAGCCUUCGUUAUUGCCAGCGCUCUCUUCACCGUAUUCUUCGGGAUCCAGGGCCGUUCAACCAAGCUUGGAUUAUCCUAUCUGGAUAUUUUUGGGAAGUUUCGCCUUUGGAAGUUAAUCGUGUCAGUUUUUGCCUUUUCAUCUACACCAGAACUGAUGUUUGGACUGUAUCUGCUCUACUACUUCAGGGUCUUUGAGAGACAGAUAGGUUCCAAUAAGUAUUCGGUCUUUAUCUUGUUCUCCGUGACGGCAUCAUUGCUUUUUGAGAUCCUUGCGAUAGCAUUCCUUAAAGAUCCUGCAGUAAACCUAGUGACAUCGGGACCUUAUGGUCUUAUAUUUGCAUCGUUUGUACCCUUUUUCUUUGACAUUCCAGUUUCAACACGUUUUCGCGUGUUUGGCGUGCACUUCUCAGACAAGUCUUUUAUAUAUCUAGCAGGCCUUCAGCUUCUUUUAUCAUCUUGGAAAAGAUCAGUCUUACCAGGGAUAUGUGGCAUCCUUUGUGGUUCCUUAUAUCAUCUGAAUGUCUUCUGUAUCCGCAAAGCAAAGUUCCCAGAAGUCAUUGCAUCUUUCUUUUCACGACUUUCCUUGCCAACUAUGGGGAGUCUGCCAGCAGCACCAACCAGAAAUAUUGCGGGAAGUGUACCAUCAUUCACAGCUCAGCAAGUGGAGAGAAAUUAUCCCUCGCCCAUGUUGUCUACCACAGAGCCAACGGAGGACUCCAUUGCUACCCUUGUUUCUAUGGGUUUUGAUAGGAACUCUGCCAGACAAGCACUAGUGCAUGCCAGAAAUGAUGUCACUGCGGCGACAAACAUCCUGUUAGAAGCACAGGCCCACUGAACCUGUACUUCUGUGAAGAUGAACCUGAAAUGUUUUGAUUGAAUGGAAAUUCAAUCUUAACCCGGGGUGGCAAAAAUUCAGAGGACCGAAAUUGAUGAUGUGCUUUCAGAACUGCAUCCGAGGCAUUUACCGUUGUCAAGGGUUCUGUGCUCUAUUUAUUUUUGUUUUUGGUUUCUUUUUCCUUGUAGGUAUCUCGUUAGGAUGUAUUCUCCAUCAACAAAAACAGUAGGAGGUUGUAGAAUUAUUGACAUCAUAUCAGAAGCAUGCACAUGUGGUUGAAAAAAAGCUAGAGAUGUACAGUAGCAAUUGUUGCAUUUGGGCUGUUAAAUACAUAGAACUACCCUUGGUACGACUGAGAUUUUUCCAGCAUGCUCUUAUUUGGCUAUGUUGCGUUUACUU